AUGGAUCCUUAAAAGAAACAAAAAUUAAAUCAAUAACAAUUCGAUUAAUCCGAUUAAGUUGAGAAAAUAAGUCAAGUUCAAACCUAAGAAAAGCAAGAUAGUUAAAUCGAUCGUGAAUAAAUGAUACCUGAAUACAAACAGUUAAUUGAAUAUAAAAACAAUCUAGUAAAACUAGAUAUUUUAAUUUAAAUAGAAUCCAACGAAGAACAACUAGAAGAACUUCGAGGUAUGAAAAACGACUUAGAAGAUGCCAUAUAAGCCCAAGAAUAAAAAAUAAAAAAAGAAUAAAACAAUGAUUAUUUAAUUUUUAACACUGAAGCUGUAUAAAAAGAACAUAUUGGUAGAUUAUGUAAAGUUUUUUAUGAAAAAGAAUUAAAAUGGUAUCACGGAGUAGUAACUUCAGUAAAUAGUGAUGAUUAAAUAAUAAAUGUCCAAAUUAUAGGAUAUAGAGAUAAUAUAUAAAUAGAUUCAGUUUAUGUAAAAUUAAAACCUAAACCAGAUCCAGAGUUGUUUUAACCUGGUUUUGCAUGCGAAGCAAUAUAUUCGGAUGAUGGUAAAUAUUAUCCGUGUAUAAUCGAAAAAAUAACAGAAGAUGGUCGAUAUGUAGUAAAAUUCAAAAAAUAUAAUAAUAAAGAAGAAUUAUCCUUAUAUAUGUUAAGAGAAUCAAGAAAAAAUUAAUAAGAUCAUCGAAAAAAAAGAACUUUUGAUGACCUUACUGAAUUUAAAGUACCUGAUAAUCUCAAAUAUUUACCAAACGAGUCUGAACAAACUAGAUUAAUGAAAAAAAAAAAAGUUAAAGCACUUAAAUAAUAAUUUAAAUAAGCCCAAUUAGAAAAAUCUAGUAUGGAAAAAUAAGAAAAAUGGAAAGAUUUUAAAUCUACUGCCUAAAUGAAAAAAAAAGAGCAUUUUUCAGGAAGAACUUCUAAAUCUAUCUUCUAAUCUCCUGAAACUAUUGAAGGUAAAGUUGGUGUAACUAAUUCUGGUAAAGGAAUGACUAAUUUCUCGGUAAGAAGUUAAUAGGCUAUGUAGGAUAAUUCUCAUUUGUCACGCUUGUUUUGAUUUUAUUUUGAAUAUAAAUGUUUUUAAUAUUUUAAAAUAAGAAAUAUUUAUAUAAAAACAUAUUUUU